AAAGAAACAUAAUAUGGCUGCGGAUGAGGAAAUAAACAGUGCAUGAAUUUGAAGUUAAAUUUAAAGUGCCUUGGAGUGAUUUCUACUUUCUAGACGGUUUGUCCACUGUGACUGUACAUUUUAUCAACGGGCCAUAAGAUGGACAGUGGGAGUAGGACUCCACCGAAUCACUGUACCAAAGUGUUUCUACACCGAGACUACAUUGAUGGGACAGGCAUUAAAUUUCAAAACAAGUUCCCCUCAGAACUUGAAGGAAAGAUUGAGAGGAAUCAGUUUGAGCAGACGAUCAACACUCUGAAUCAGAUGUACGUUGAGGCAGAGACGCUGGGGGGCAGGACGUACUGUGAAAGUUGUUUCGCCUGUCUCACCGCAUACUUGGCGUAUCUCUGUAUGGACACAUAUUACGAGAAGUGCUUAAAGAAAAUAAACCGGUACAUUGAAGAAGAAAACAAGAAUGUAUUUGUUCCACGAGGACUCAUGUUGAUAGAUCCUGUGGAACGGGGCUUGAGAGUUCUGGAGAUUUGCAUUUUGAAUGACACAAACCGCCGCUAGUGCGAGAUUUACAUGCAGUAUGGAGCGCCAUCAUCAUCAUUAUGGAAUUCAUCUCAACACCCGCCAGGCCAAACACUGGGACAUCAUCGAGGAAGCUUUAUUUAUCUAGAAGUCGGCCAAAACAAAAUGAGGACUUGUCUCAAGUGUUCAAAUAAUCACAACAAACUUUAAUACAGCUGUUUUUUAUUUCAGCAAGAUUAUUCCUCAGACAUUUCAUCAACACAGGGUUGAUACAGUUGUUGAGAGGAAUAGAUGAACUCCUUAGCAAUUCAGUCAAAAGUGUUAUUGGUAUGAAAAACAUUUAGGGAGGGUUUGGGGAGGGUUAACUUGAGUGAUUCAGUAUUUUAAAUAUUGAAUUAGUUCCACUGUGCCUGUGUCUUACCUGUGGCAAGUUUAUUUGGAGACUCAGAUUUCUAGAUGGCUUUCAUUAACAGACUUGCCAUGAGCAAGGAGAGAAUAAUAUUUCUCCAUGUGUCAAACAAUAGAAAAUGUGCAUCACCAGUUACAGCAAUGUAUAUAAUGUCCGAAAUUUAGCGCUUGAGAAAAAAAGGUUAUGCACAAUUUGAUUUGUGUAAGCACCAAGCAAACAAAACUGUCUUAUUGAUAUUGUUAGUGGCCUCUCCAUGGUUAUUCAUUGUUUGAGGUGGCAAGGGCUCACAAUAUUAAGGAAGCUAUUCAGCAUGCUAAGUGUUAUAUUUACUGACCUCUCGACAGACAUGUGAGUAAAAGCAAACUGGUAGGGCUAGUCCUGGUAACGGUGAGUGCAAACAAUUCUUAUUCUUUCUUAAUGACAACCCAAUUUUGUAAUAUGGCAAACUUGAAAUGGCAAAAUAAACAAUAAUUAACUCUUUUCUUAAAUAUUGGACUGUGUUAAAAUAAAAAUAUAUGGUUUUAAAUUAAUAUACAAAAAAAAACAAAAAAAACACACACCAACAAUCAAACCGUAUAUAUUUUUUCUUUGAUGAUGGCGAUAUAUUACCCGGUUAAUCAUGAGAUAUAUGUGAUAAAAACUGUCUUCAUCCUUUAAUAAUGGCAAGAUAAAGUUCAUUUUAUGAAUGUAUCUAGCUUGACAUAGUGGCUGGAUACAGUAUGGUUCUUCAGUCUUGAAUGUAGCUAAAUGCCUGUAUUUAACCUCAGCUAAUAACUAUUUAAGUGCUAGGUAUCAUUAUAUGUUUUGCAUACUAGUGCCCUAUAUUCCGCUGUGUAUAAGGAAAGAUCAAAUCCAGGGACCAAUUGUUUAAAUGCUAGUUACCUUAAAUUUUCAAAAUAAAGGACUGAAUCAAUACAAAUAAUAAUUGAAAAGCAUGUUGAAACUAAAGGUAUCCAUGCAUGAUCAAAUCUAAAGUUUAUUUUGCAAAAGUAAUUAAAAGGAAAAUAUUAGAUUAACCCAGGGUUAAUUAAACAACUAUGCUUGAGCAACUGGGCCCUGAAUAAGCCAUACAUUUUUAAAGCCUGUAUCCAGUUGUUCAUGAUCAUAAUAAUUAUGGUGGCAUAGAACCUAUGUACAUAAUAAUUAUGGUGGCAUAGAACCUUUGUACCUGACCACUUCACUGCAGAGUUAAUCUGGUAUUAAGGGAUCAGUUAAUCUGCUUUGAAGAUUCUCGUUAAUCUGGUAUUAUAGUUGCAAGUCCCACUAUAAACAAAACUUGCAACAACUCAAGAAGCAAACAAAUAUGAAACCUCACCAUUUGACUAGACCAUCUGGCAUGUAGUGUGCUUGGGUAAUAUUGUGUUUGAAAUAGUAAUCGAUAUUUGAAAUCAAAUAUCAAUAAGUAUGGAUGGAACUGUAAAACAAUGUCAAACUGUCCACCAUGCCCAGGCAUGAGAUUGUAUCAAGAUUUGUUUUUAGCAGUUCCUCCAGAUUUCUAUGUUUGACUUUGUUCCUGUCUUGUAAAUUAGGGCCAUACUUAGUUUGGGGUGGAGUGAGGGAUAGGGUAGCAGUAAAAAAAAAAAAAAGUAUCGUGGAGUGUAAUAGAGGGUUUCCUCUAGGUAGAUAAAAAUGGCACUUUUAAAAGACUUUUCAUAUUGUGGGGAGGGGAGCAGAAACCGCCAUAGCUUCUACUAGGUAUGGUCCUACAAAUGUCUUUUUGCCUUGAAAAUGUAAGAAAUCUGACAACCCCUGCAGUUGCCUACGGCAAUAGGCAAUGCCGUGGAGAUUGCUGUGGAGUUUUCAUUUUCCACAGCACUUUUUUUUCCUUGGACUACCAUGUAUUCUUGGGGGUUUUCAGUGGAUUUUUGUUUUGUUUUUUUUUUGCCGUGGACCUUUUCUUCAUUGCUGGGGUUGUCUGAACGUUUAUUGUUUUACCGUAAUCUUAAGAGAUGUCCUAAAAUGACCACGUCUUAUACGGUUGUGACUUACGGAACACAUGCUAAUGUUGUAAACUCACUCAUUAUUACAUCAUGGAAUCGGUGGAGAACAUUAUAUUUUUCUAUUUUCAGUUUGGUAUAGUCAAUUAUUUUCAAUAAUUAAAAUGUUUUCUGGUUGGUCCGAUGCUGUUUUUAACUUUACGUAGUGUUUUAAGAAUUUAAUGGAUCUUCCAAUACUAAUCAGAUAGUACAGAUGGAUAACAAAUUGGUUUUAAUAACCAAACUCUAAUUUGAUUAGCAUUGUUAAAGAAUCCUUUUAUUUUAGUGUAUGUUGUUUGAAAAAAAAAGGUGACUUAAAAAUUAUAGAUGGAAUUUGAUGCUAGGCCUACUAUAGGCUUUAAUGAAUACCUCGUGUUACAACCACCUGUCUUUAGGGGACACCAUAUACAUAUAAAUGUGUGUUAUAAAUUGUAUGGAAAUAAGGCUAGCUUAUAAAGCCCAUUUAAUAUCCUUUUUAUUUGGGGGGUCAGAUUUUACUAGUUUGCUUCCUGAAUUUUAUAGAAUGAUUUAUAUUAAACAACCAUAAGAAAUGGCCAUUGUGGUGUUGACAUCUGUGUAAUGGGUUUGGAGUAAUCAUAAGGUCUAAAACUAGUUACUUAUCGAGUUACAUGUGGAGGUAAAUGUCUACAACUGCAAUAUUUUGAGAGGUCCCUGAGAAAUUGAAUAGAUUAUUUUAAAAACACCUCUAAGAAAGUAAUUCAACGGAACAGGCCAGAUUCGAUCUGGUUAUUAUAAUCAGUCAGAAUAUUUCUGUAUUUUUGUACAUAGAAGAUGUAUUUAUUUUUAAAUUGUCUAUCUUUUUUCCUUCUUUUUUCCUUUUAUGUAUCCAUUUUAUUGCAUAUGUUCAUUCAUUUAUAAUUAAUGUUACAUAUGUCAUUUUAACAUGUCCUCUGUCAGUUUCAACAAUAAGUCUUCUUCAUCACAUUUAUAUAUAUAUAUUGUGCAUUUAUAAUUGAAAGUCCCAGUUGAUCAUUGUUUAUAUGUUUCUUCCACUGGUGUAAACAAUGUGACCUCAGCAUAUGUGACCCCUGCAUAUUCAUAAACAAAUUGUGUUUCAUAGCAUUAUGAUUAUCAAAAUAGCAAUGGACAUGACACCACAUUAUACAAACUGGGUCUUUCUGGUUUUCUUUUCACUCUUUUUGCCUUACUGUUGGAGAGACAUACGUGAAUAUAUUACUUAUGCGUAAAUCAUCAACCAAUCAGUUUUGUUGUGUAGUACUGGUGUUUCAGUGAACUGGAUUGAAAGUUUUUCAUUGUUUUCACAUACGUGUAUUAGUCACUGUGAGCAGUGUGUAUUAGUCACUGUGAGCACUGUGUAUUAGUCACUGUGAGCACUGUGUAUUAGUCACUGUGAGCACCGUGUAUUAGUCACUGUGAGCACUGUGUAUUAGUCACUGUGAGCACCGGCUUUUAUUACUCUCUAGCUUUAAAUUGAUACAAGUUACUACACAUAGUUUUAUUUGUACAUUUAACAACCGGCCAGCUAUUGGUACGUUUGUUUUCAAUUUUGCAGACAUUUUUCAAUUUUUGUUGUGAUUGGAGAAGUCGGAAAGUGAGAUGAGAGAUGUUUAGGUCCAUGUUUCUCAAACUAGAUCUGUUUGGUUUAUACAUGUUGAGAUGUAUGUAGAUGUACCAAUGUAUGUUCAUCACAUUACAUGUUAAAAAUACUCUGGAGUUUUACGACUUUUUAGUAGUUACCAAACAAAAAGUGUUUAAAAACAUGAUUUAAUUCUUUUUAAUAGAAUUACAGUGUAGAUUAAUUAUGAACAUUGACAUUAACAGAAUUUUAUACUGGGGAACCAACAUUUAGCAGUGGGGGGGGGGGGGGGGGGGGGGGGGGAGCAACCACUAUAUAUAAGUAGUGUUAUGUGACAACAAAAAUGUAGAAGGUGUGAGGGAGAAACAAAAGAGAUGUUUGGCUAUGCAAGUGAUUAUGAAUUUUAAUAUCCAAAUUUACGGGGUUUUUUUUUAAAUUUAAUAAAUUUAACUGAAAAUUUAAUUUAAUAAAAAAAAAAUGUUAACAUGCAUUGAGAUGAACAUAAUAAGUGAAACUACAAGUGAUGCCAAAUCAGCUUAUUAUUGGUGAAACUCUUUAUCCUGCAGAGUUCUGGUUAUUAUUUAUUUUGUGCAUCACCGAUGUCAACUAAGUCAUUUUAAAUCUUUCUCUUCAUAUCGAUCUAUUCUGAUGUUUUGUGUAAUAAUAUUUUGCCAGUAAUAAUUUCACUUAUCAUAAUCAGAAUACAAACCACAAAAUAUUUUGGGCUCACAUGCAACAUGUAAAUAAUUAAUGCAAGUCGGCAGAAUGGAUUUUCAUGUAACCUUGGAUGGGAUGGGAACUCUAUUAACAUGUCCAUAUUCACUGAAGUUUCAGGCACGCCCAUCCCGGAUUUAGCCUAUGUCUUCGCCAAUGACCAAUACCGAGGCAGGAGGGACAUUUAAUUAUUAAUUUGGCUACCGACAGCGCGAGCCCUGGAUGUUCAGUGUGUGGGUCUUUUGGGAAGGGGGUGUUAGGAUAGAAAUUACUGAUUGCCAACUUAAGUGUACUUUUAAAAAGUGCUUCGCCUAUCGUUUAUUCAGUUAAAUGGUACAGUUGAUUCUUCUUUGAUCGGCCUUGAAGCUUGAAUGCUAAGCAUGGGAAUCUCGUUAUGCGUAGGUGCCUUCCUGAUGGAUUAGCGGUCCCAGUAGAUGUGGUAAAAUUACAAAACACCAAUUGUGAGCAGACGACUGGUCCAUUGUUAGGUAUUUAGGAAGUGUUUUACCUGUCAUAGUAAUUAGGUGUGCUUGAUAUACUGGUACACAAGUUGUUUGCAAGAGGUAGUCGACUGACACGCUUGUACAUGUGAAAAUUGUUUUUCUAAAGCACUUCAAAUCAAGGCAUAGCGGCAAUUGAUUUAAGGCACUUCCACGCCGUCAAAGCGCUUACUUUACGGACCAAGGCGUGUCGGGCCGCUACAUCUAACAGCCCUGGGGAAAUAACAAUUAUUUUGGUAUUUAACGACUUUCUGGGGAGGUGUAAAACCAUCACACAAAGUUCUCUGACUACCCAACACACGACGACAAACCACUGACCAUCUGUCCUGUACAGACAGCCCAGAUAGCUGAAGUGUAUGUCCAGAACAACGUGAUUGAACCUAAAGUGGAUAUACCGGUAAGCACAAAAUACAUUUAAAAUAAGAAAUAAUUUGAGAAUAGUAAAUCAAAUACACUAUCAUGUGAGCCAUAGCUUUCUUGUGUUGGUUUGUGUAAGUGAUAGUAAAAAAUAUAGAUUUAAUUCUCAUUGUUGUAGUAUCAGAAUCGUUGAACAGUACUAUUGCAGACAUCUUGUAUUUUCAUCUCAAUCAUGAAACUGUUAUUACAAGAUAACACGAUAUUGUAUUAAAAAUUUAGUGGUUCUUUCUCAAAUUCAAAACAUUUUCGCCUGUCCCUCUAUGACAUAUAUAAAUUUAGUGUAUGUAUAUUUGUUAGAUAGUGCUGUAUGAAUAUUUUGCUUGUGUGUUUGCAUAACUGUCAUAUGUCUUUCGUGAACAUCUAUUUUUAUUUGGGGUGGGAGGGAUACAUUGUAUUUUGAUCAGUGUGUGUGUGUGUGUGUGUGUGUGUGUGUGUGUGUGUGUGUGUGUGUGUGUGUCUGGGUAACAUGUGACGUGAUCUGUGAUUUAUUUUUGUGCUGGCACUCAAUAAAAGCUUUUAUUGUGUCA